UUUUUUUUUCUUAUUGUUUCAGAUACGUUUUUGAUUACACAUACAUUUUCCGGUAAAACCGAAUGGGGAAUAUCAAAAUUUUUUAUUGUAAACUAGUACAUAUAUUAUGAGUGAUAUUAUUUUAGUAAAAUUCAAGUGUUUUCAUAAAUACCAUCAUCAAUUUAUUAUUUAAAUAAAUUAUUUUUAUAUAAAUAUUCUUUUUAAAACGGCCAAGUAAGAACGUUGGAGGAACGCGUGUAAUUCUAUUUUUUAAACAAACAACAUAAACAAAUUAAAAUUAUACAAUAUGGGAACUUUUAUACCAUUUUUAAAUGCAGUUAAAUCAUCGGUAUCAAUAGUAUUUUUAACGUUAAUUAUAAGUUUAACAACUACAGUACAUCAUGGUAUUGCAGAAAAUGUUUAUUCAAAUGUACAUAAAGAUAUGAAUUUAGAUGAAAUUCGAAGUAUAUUCCACGUAGAUUCACAUCUCGAAGUUCCUGAAUAUGAAGUGAUACAUAUAAAACCUAAUCGUCCAAGUCAUAAUGACGAAGAUUCUUCCACAGCUUCUUCUACAGAAUAUGAUUAUAUUAAUCAGCAAAAUAUUGAAACAACUACAACAUUAAUUGAUGAAGCAGAUUAUAUGUUAAUUGAUGAAGAACCUACCGGUAAUAAAAUUAAUAAUGACCAACAUUCAACCGAUAACUCAAUAGUAGUCGAUAAUAAAAGUGAAAGUAAAUUAGUAAAAGAUGGUGAUAAAAAUAAAAAAUUUAGUAAGAAAUAUCCUAAAAAAACAACACCAGGCUUAUCAAAUAAUGUGAAUGUAUUAUCCAGUAAUGAACAAGCUGAUAAGGAUCAUUUAGAAACUGUUAUACCAUUAAAUAAUGGUGUACGUGGUUUAAAAAUAUUUACUGUUGAACCAAAUGUGACGUCACAACAUGGUGUUGAUUAUGUUGAAAUUCAACAGGUGAAUAUCACUUGA